CGAUACCAAAUUUUCUAGCAAAUUCCAUGAAAUCGAUUUACGCCGGUGGCCCGGUGCACGAGAUUGUGGAGGAAGCCGAUCAGCAACACACAAUUAUUUCGGAGCAGCCCGGUACGCGUGCAGCUGAGUUCGCUGAGUUCGUGCAAAACUCUCCGUCGCGCUACGCCGUACGUCCGAAUACCUCUCCUUUUCGCAAACCAGAAUGGCCGAGGUAGAUCUGACUCCCGCACAGGACCGGGGUGUGUUGAAGGAGAUUAUCAAGGAGGGAUCCGGAGAUUUAACUCCCACGACUGGCUGCAAGGUGAAGGUCCACUACACCGGCACCUUACUGGAUGGCACCAAGUUUGACUCCAGUAAGGAUAAGGACAAACCAUUCAAAUUCAAUCUUGGGACGGGCAGUGUGAUCAAAGGAUGGGACAUUGGUGUUGCCAGCAUGAAGAAGGGUGAGAUCGCUAUGCUGACAUGUGCCCCCGAAUAUGCCUAUGGCAGCCACGGUAGUCCACCGUUGAUUCCAGCUGAUGCUACGUUAAAGUUUGAAGUUGAAUUACUUGAUUGGUGUGGAGAAGACUUAAGUCCGGAUAAAGAUAAAAGCAUUGAGAGAUUCCAAAUUGUUGCUGGUCAGAGCUAUGCUAAUCCGGAGGAGGGUAGCAGUGUAAAAAUACACUUGACUGGAAAGUACAAUGGUCAAGUAUUUGAGGAUAGAGAUGUAGAAUUUGUCCUUGGAGAAGGAGAAGUUGUUGGAAUUGUAGAAGGAGUAGAAAUAGCGUUGCAGCGUUUUUUGAAGGGCGAGAAGUCUAGACUACUAAUUAAAAGUAAAUAUGCAUUUAAGAAUGCAGGAAAUCCAGAAUAUAAUAUUCCACCGAAUGCAGACAUAGAAUAUGAAAUAGAGUUACAAAACUUUGAGAAGGAGACAAGUGUAUGGUCAAUGAAGCCAUCGGAAAAAUUAGAGCAAGCAAAGAUGCAGAAAGAUAAAGGAACGAAAUAUUUUACGUCUGAUAAACUCAAUUUAGCAAUUAAAGCGUACCAGAAAAUUUUCAAGUACUUAAACGGCGAAUCAGGUUUCGAGGAUGAUCUCAAAAAGGAGAAAGAUAGUCUUCUGAUAGCAGGGCACUUAAAUCUCGCUCUAUGCUAUUUGAAAACCAACGAGAACCUUUUGGCUAGGGACGAGUGUACCAAGGCUUUGGAGCUGGAUCCGCAGAACGAAAAGGCUCUGUUUCGAAGAGGACAGGCGCACCUCGGGCUCUCAUCGCCCGAGAUCGCUGUCAACGAUUUCCAAGAGGUUCUAAAAGUAUCGCCGAAAAAUACGGCCGCAUCUAAACAAAUUUUAAUAUGUAAUGCUCUCAUUAAGAAGCAGUUAGCUAAAGAGAAGAAACUUUACGCGAACAUGUUCGAUAAGUUUGCGCAGGAAGAUAAACAGAAGGAGGAGCAAAAACUGAAGGAACUGCCAGAUGUGAUGCAUGGAACUCUAGGAGAAUGGGGACAAGAGGAGAGACCUGGAGGUAGAGAUGCGACUGCCUUUGAAAAGGAAAAUCCUAACAUACUCAUGCUCAACGCUAAUGGUUCUGGUGAAUUCAAAAACAUGUAAACAAUAAUCCUUUCCUAUAUCUCUCUUUCUCUCUCUUUCUCUUUCGUUACACUGCCCCGCAUAACUGCCAACAAAAUGAGGUCUCAACAGUCUUUAUUUUCAGUGCCUUCUAAGUAUGCUACUCUGCUAUCUUUUAUGAAAAUUGAAAAUUGAAUUGUAUAUCUUACAUAUAUUUAAAAAAGCAUAUAUCAAGACAUUAAAUGCUUAUUUUAUCAUGUAAAAUGGAUCCAUAUAUGAAAUUUUCGAUAUUUAAUGCACGAUGAGUGUAUUAAAUAGCCAGCAUAAAAAUUUCUUAAACAUUUUUAUCUUUCAAUUUCGAAAAGAUGGAUACAAUUUGUUGAGAUCUUAAAAACGUAGUUUUAUUAAUACGAUUUUUUAAAACAUGGCUACGUUCCGCAUACUUCAGCGAUUGUUCCAAUUUUGUCAAUUUUCUUCUGUUACAAUAAUUCUUCUGUUGCGAUAAUAAGUUAUUGUAUAUCAAAUUACAUCAUUCCAGUAAUUAUAUAGUGCCAUGGUUUAUACAUUACCACGUCAAUCAUUACUAUGUACAUUGUAGAUUUAGAAAAAGAAUAAGAAUUUAGUAUGUGCAUACAGUCUCCAUGAAUAAAUGUACAUGGAAUGAAAGUAAAAUAAAAUUUUUGUACAUCAAUAGAAAAAUAAAAUUGAUUGUAUGCACUGGUUCUAUAAAAAUAACUUAUUAGCGAUAUAUAUUUCAUUCUUGUGUCAUCCGCAUUGAUUCGUGAAUUAUACACGACGUUACAAAAUUAGAGAAGAACAUUGAAGAAUUAAAUCUGACUUAAUUGGUGAUACUAUUCCAUUAGAAUUAGAUUUCCUUGCUGAUAAUUUCUGAUCCAUAAACGAAGAAUCUUUCUCAAUAAAUAAUGUUAUAUGUUUUAUCUGUGUAUACCAUGUAUUUUAUAUAUGAUAAUUUUAUGUAGAAUAUAAGUAAUAGUAUUGCUAGCACA